AUGGUGAAGUUAAAUAAUUUAAAUCCGGGGUCACAAACUUUUCAGACUGAGACCCAAAAUCAAAGCCAAAACCAGUUUCAGCAAGCUCAAGUUCCCCCUAAUAAUCAACCGGUUCAAAAAGAAAUGUUAACCGGCCAAAAGAUACCUCCGACCGGAGCAUUAGCCGAUAUUUUAAGCGGAAUCCAGCAAAUGCAGUUCAGCCUUAACCAAGUUUUAAAUCAACAACAGCAAAUUUGA